UGUAACUAAGCCGACCUCGGGAAUCCACGCACAUUGCCUCGGUGCUGAACAAACCUCUACAUUGCAUUGGAUUGUACUCUUUUCCGGCUUGAUGUAUUAACACGUGACCGAGAUGUACACGUGACUCGCAAGGCGCCAAGCAUUGAGUUUGGUAAUGUUUCGCAAGUGGGACCUCGCCCGGAGCCUUUAAAUCCAACCCAGCUCUCUUCUGCCGAAUACUCGUUCGUCUUUCCCAUAUCAAGCCAGGGUCUCGAGGGUUCCGAACGGAACAACGAGUGAAUAUGUCGCCAUGUCUCGCGCUCAGCCAGAGCAUAGCACACUGCAACCUAUCGGUGAGAAAUUGAAGGCGUUUCGCGAGGGCUUUUCAUCAACAUGCAACAAUCUGGGGUUAGAAUCGACGCUGGAAUCUUUGAAUCGGUUUGAUAAUGAAGAUCUACAGAACGUUUGCUUUGACCUUGUGUCAGCUUUGCGAUCCAUUCCUGACCUACGAACCCUUCCUUCUCCUAAUCGCCACAAAAGUUUUCUCAGCGACAUUUUGAGGCUUAAUACAGUGAUCAGCUCAGAUGACUUUGACAUUGGCAUUCUUGUCCCGCUUCUGCGCGCCGUUCUUAAUACCGAACCAGACAACAUAAUCCGGGACAGAAUAUACUCCACUGUCACUGCCUCCACGCCCUCUCCUAAACCCAUACCCUUUCUUAACCAGACGCCGCGAUGUAAAGAAGGUGAUAACCCACUAUACAGCGACAAUAUCGGCUGGCGAGAUUGGCCUAAGAGUGCACAAGAGAAAGAAGUUCUGCAGUGGCUUACGGGAAAGGUUGAUAUGCUUCGCGAACAUCUGACGAGGGAUCUUCUCAUCUGUGGGUCUACCCAGGAUAGGAAUAUCUUGGCUCGUCCAUCCCAACCAUUGGAGGGGUCGGUAGCAAGCCGGAAGCUGGAUGUGGCAAUCGUGAGCUCUUCACAGAACCAGCCGCUACAGAGAGCACAUUGGUCGCAUGUGUUGAUCCCAGGAGAGUUGAAGAGCAAUGGAGAUCUUGACACGGUCUCGAAGACUUGGCGCGAUUUGGGUAGGUAUGUCAGGGAGGUUUUCACUGCCCAAGAGACACGUCGAUAUGUCCUUGCCUUCACCCUUUGUGGGACCACCAUGAGGGCGUGGGAGUUUGAUAGGGUCGGAGCCACUGCAUCCAAGCCAUUUGAUAUUAAUCGGGACGGGCUUAGGUUCUUAACGGUAUUUGCGGGGUAUCUUCUGAUGAACAGAACACAACUAGGGUAUGAUCCUAGUAUAAAAUUGGGACCCGACGGGACACAUUACAUUGAGAUCACUCGCAAUGGAAAGCCCGAGCGCCUUGUCCUCAACGAGCUUAUGAAAAGGAGUCCGUGUGUCGCUGGCAGAGCCACGACAUGUUGGAAAGCCCACCGAGAAGGAGAUGAGUCAACGAUGCCUCUUGUUGUCAAAGAUUCCUGGCAAUACCCUGAGCGAGAUGAAGAAGGUGUGUUGCUGCAGGAAGCUCUGGAGAAUGGGGUUACCAAUAUUGCAAGACAUUACUUCCACGAGACUGUCGAGGUUGGUGGGCAUGUUGACGACACCUCUGCCAGUAUCCGGCGGGAUCUCGACUUAUCGUCUGCUAGAUAUCAUAGGUCGGCGCGAUCUGGUACAGCAGCGAACAAUGAAGAAGAUCCAGCUCUAAGAGGCCGCACUCACUUUACUACCGUGGGAAGAAAAAGACCGUCUAGUCAUAUGGCUUUCGAGACAGGCCUCCCCCCUCCCAAACGCAAUUGCUCGAGCUCUCCGUCCAAGAGCCAGGGCUUUUCAGCUCUACAAAACAGGGUGCACCGCCGGGUAGUUGUCCAAGAUUACGGUAAGCCGCUUUACAAAGCUAGUUGUCAUCCUGUCAUGCUGGCUGCUCUUCGAUGUUGCUUGGAGGGCUACCAAUCUCUGUACAUGCGAACUGGUCUUUUACAGGGAGAUAUAUCAACUGGCAAUCUCUUAAUGGGUGAAGAAAAAGAUGCUUCUAUUUACCCCGGCUUCCUUAUCGACCUAGACCUCGCGAUCCGAGAGAAGAGAGACCAACCUUCUGGUGCAUGGGGAAAGACCGGCACAAGAGCGUUUAUGCCCAUAGGACAACUUUUAGGUGAUGCACCCUCCUUUGUGCAGGGACUAGAGUCCUUCUUCUGGGUGCUCUUUUGGAUCUGUAUCCAUUACAAUGGCCCUGGUGAUAGAGGGCGAGUGGUUGAAGAGUUCGACGAAUGGAACUACGUCAGCAUGGAGGAGUUGGCCAAGUUAAAACUGGGGACAGUCUCGGAUGAUGGCAUUUUUCAAAGCACCAUGGACAAGUUUACGGAUUACUACAAGCCAUUAAAGCACUGGGUUGACGAAUUACGACGAGCUAUCUUCCCGAAUGGGAAGAUACGGAGGAAGGAGGAUAAGGGCCUUUUCGAAUACUCCAAAUAUUGCAGGAUGCACAAGAGGCCGUGA